AUGUUCCUAGUGACCCUCAGCCAUCAGCUUUGGCGGGGUGGGCUUCAGAGGAGGUUCUGCUUGAGUCGGCCAGUGCUAAACAGACAGCACUCUGAGCAAGUGCACGUGAGAGUUGGAGACCGAGCCGAACUCAGCAGGGCCUUCACACAGAGGGAUGUGGCUGCCUUCUCAGAACUGACUGGAGAUGUUAAUCCCUUGCAUCUAGAUGAAGAUUUUGCAAAACACACCAAGUUUGGAAAGACAGUUGUACAUGGAGUUUUGAUCAAUGGAUUGAUCUCAGCUCUCUUGGGUACUAAAAUGCCGGGACCAGGCUGUGUGUUUCUUUCUCAAGAAAUUAACUUUCCUGCUCCUUUAUAUAUUGGAGAAGUGGUUUUGGCUUCUGCAGAAGUGAAAAGGCUAAAGCGUUUUGUUGCUUUUAUCACAGUGUCAUGUUCAGUAGUAGAAAGUAAAAAGACUGUUAUGGAAGGCUGGGUUAAAGUUAUGCUACCAGAAGCUCCCAAACCCUGAAAUGUGCUGCAAGUUCAAAUACCAGUGUAUUUGUUAUUAAAGAAGCACCUGAGGAAAUGA